UAUUUUGUGAUAAAAUGUGCUUAAAUAGACAUUACCGGACAGUGAUCAGUGCAUUAAUUAAUUAACUUGCAUCUAAGUUUUUAUGUAUUUAAAUGGUGACAGUUUUUACGUUAAGCGAGCAUGGCGCCAUCAAGCGACGGCCGCGUAUACUUUUACAGUACACGUCCAAAUCGCCGGAGCGUGCCGACUCCAGCUUUAAUAGCUUCGGCUAUUCGGCUGAACCGGGGGAAACGAUAGCUACAACCAAAGAAGAGGAAUGGGUGACGCGCAAGACGAGCGAAGUGACCACCACACGUCAGAUCGCCACACACGUCAAGCGCGAGUUGGUGCUGGAAGACGGACGUAUCCUCACAGACUCCGGCCCAAAGAUAUCUACAUCCGUCAAUGAGGAUACACACACCACAAACUUUCAACAAACGGAGCACAGAGUACCUGAAGAUCAGAAAGGGGAGAUUGAGGCAGGAAAGGGCGCAGUUUACAUAGAAGAAUUGCAAGAUGCUCCAGAUGGCACGGUCGCUCCAGCAGGCGCCAAGGUCCUCGUGUCAUCGUGUGUGGUCGCGAACCCUGACGGGAAGGUCCGAGAGAGUCACGAGCGACGCGUCCUGACCAGGAAUGUGACAGACAGAGUCCGGGAGACAGAGGAGAGGAUACAUCGAGGCGAUACGACGCAUGAUGCUCUGAUAACAGCAGUGAACGAGACGAAGGAGGAAGACAUCCGCGAUGCUCUGAAGACGCAGACGCAGCAGCAGCUGCAGCUGGUGCCGCGCGGGCCCACACUCGUGAAGGACACGGUCGCGUACAACACCACCGUCACUACUGAUGACACGGAGGAGCUACGAGCCUUACGGCCGGAUGGCACUAUCGUAACAGAGACGCGUCACACUAAAGAGCAAGAACAACUCUGUGACGAGGAAUUGUCCAAGGACGAGGCCAAGUCAAUAGCAAGCGACGUAAGUCUGGUAGAGGAAACUGGUGGCACAGAACGAAGAAAACGGGUGGAUCUAGAAAAGUCCACCGACCUCAUGGCGGGAGGUUUGCGAGUUGCAACACAAGUACACUCAAGAACUAGAACUGAAGAAGUUGAAAAAGAAGGACGGCCAAAUAUGGAUGACGAUUGGGAGAGCUUAUCUGUGAGAAUGCGACGACAGCGACGCCAGCGACAAAUUGAUCACGAAAAGGAGUACGCGAAACGACCGAUCAACUUUGACAUCGAAGAGGAAACGCGUAAAAAGGAAACGUCCAAGUGGCUGGAGAAUCACUUCGGCAGCGAAUCACGCUCUUCCCACGACUCCAUCGCCGAAGAAAUUGGACGACGCCCCGAGCCGGGAUAUUACGCUAAGCCGAAAGCAGACGACGAAGGAUAUUACGGCAAACCCAACUCGACAGUUCCACCGCCUCCCGUCUACGGAGAUAGAGUGCUGCGCAAGACAAAGUCGUCGACAUCCGACGAGCGACCCGUUGUGUCUGGAAACAGAACGGGAGGUUAUUUUAAGGGUGUGGCAGAUUGGUCGCAGCGUCGAGCCAGUAAGCCGAGGAUGCCAGAGCCGCGAAGUUCGUCUCCAUCGCCGCCGGUAGCACGCUCCCCGUACACCAGUAACGACCGCCUAAAUGACUCGUCGCAUAAACAUGCAUACAAACGAGAUUCACCACAAGGGAGGUCGUCGCCGAUCGGUCGACGUAACCCGCCUUCGCGAGACGAUUCCGCCUACGUAUCGUCGUCGACGAUGCACAGCCCGCCACGUGGGUCACCAUUUAGGCCAUUAGAAACAGACAGGUCGUUCCGUGAGCCGUCAAUCGAAGAUGACUAUCGACCUCCGAAAGCCCCUGAAAGGAAACGUCAUUCUAAAAAAAUUGUCUCUGAAGAUCACCGGUACGACAGCGGCUACAGAAGCUCAUCGCGGAAUGAUAAUUCGGGACGUUCUAGAGACAGUCGCGACGAAGGUGCCGUCGAGCCACCCCCCGAUUAUUCUCCCCCGAGAGAUCGAAGAGGGAGCGCGGACAGAGAUAGGACUCCGCCGCGUCGCCGCGACAGAGACGAAAGGAAACAGAAUCAAAAAACGCGCUUCGCUGACAACGGCAGGCGGCCCUCACCCGCGCGGAAGUCGGUCGGCUCGGCGAUUGGCAACUCGUUCAGGAAGCUAAUGGGGAAGAUCCGCUCCGCGUCAGCCGAGCGGAAGGUCCGCCAGCGCACCUCUCGGACGCCGUCGCCGGAGCACUCCUCGCGCACAUACAAGCAGUACGGAGGAGAACUCGCGCCCCCCUCCGCCCCCCCGCACCGGUACUACCUCGGCGAGGACCCUUUUGCGCCCAGCAUCUACGGCCGUGAACACAAGUACGAGGGCAGUCCGAGACGAGCCGCUGCUGGUGACAGCCGCGAGCACCGUGACAGGGGCCAGUUCUCGAGCACUCUCGGCAGGUUCAGUCACUCCACGAGUAGACUAAAUCCGGGCGAAGCAGACGAAGACUACUCGCGAAGCGCGCAGACUCUGCCGCGCAAAUUACACGACCGCAAAGAGAAGACCACCGAAAAGCCAAGCUCCAGUAAGUACUGGCAACGGCUCACAAACAACAAGCGGUCUACUAGUGCCAUAAAUAUAUCGAAUAACGUAUCAACACCGCCAGAGGGGAAGAUAAACGGGUAUCCGCCUGGCCCUGCGAAGCCAGCGCGGAUCUACAAGGGUCUCAACAGGAGCAAGAGUUUUGCUAUGGGAGCACCGGAACAAGAGACACAUCCACGUUACGUCACUGGCAUGAGCAGAAAUUAUUCCACCAUGUACAAAUCAAAUCCACACCUGAGUAAACUGGACGAAACCCCAGAACAAUUAAAGAGUCCGGGUAUAGUGUCAAUCAUCAAUAGAAGCCAACGAGAUUUAGCUGAUGCGGUUUCACGAGAAACUGAACGUCGUCGUGACGGCCUAUUUGGUGCGCGAUACGGUAAAACAACGCCCGUGAACAACGGACAUACAAACGGAUAUAAUAAAUCUUACGAUGAAACAGACAAGAAGAAGAUAUUCCUCAAGGGGCUACGCGAGAGGGCUCCAGACCUAUAUCAGACAUUACAUGCGGAUGACGAUUCAGACGGUAGCAGAUUAUCAUCCCGAUACAACACGCCGUCGCCUCAUUAUAAAGAACGGAUAUCUGAGGAACGUAAAAUACCAUUGUACAAAACCGAAUCCCUGAAUAGAGAAUCGAGUCCGUUCGUGACGCGCUUAGAAACGAGAAUAAAAGCACCAGUGAAUCGACGAGAGAGUAACAGCAGUGACAAUUACUCUGAAACAUACAGAUACACAACGCGUUCAGCCAAUCCUGAACGGCCUACUGUCACAGAUACUGUAGAAACUGUUAGUAAAAAAGUGAUCCCAUCUAGAGACGGGCGGUCCAAGGAAAUAAUACAAUCCAGAGAGGUGAAUUCGGUGACAAAGAGUCGCGGUUACAACGAACCUCUCACGAGUACAAAGUACUAUGAGAAUGGCAUUCGUAGUCCCCUCGGAUAUGAAUCUAAAAAUGGGGCAGCGCCAUUGUAUGCCGAACGAAGGAGAAGUAAUUACAAAUUAUCUGAAAAACUGAGAGAUUAUUGAAAACUGAACGCGACUUGAUUAUUAUUGCCAUAUUUUCAUUUAACAUGUUAGUGUCACACAGACUGAAAAGUUAAAAUUUAAUCACACGUUAAGUUAGUUUAUCAUUAACUGCAUUCGUUAACAUUUCAUUGUUAAUUUAAUGUUAGUUGCUUCAUGUAAAAAGUCAUAUAGCUUUACUAAUUUUAUUUCGAUAUUAUUAAUUAAUAAGUGAUCUAAUUCCGUCCAGUAAAGAAUUUCUAAACGAUUAUACCCUCUAUUGUAAUAACGUUUUCUAUUGAUGUAUGAUUUUAUAAUUUUGAUAACAUUGGAUAUGAUAAGAAGAAUUAAAAUUAUGAAUUUUAAUAAUUGUACCCCAAAAAAUAAAAUGUGUUAAUACGCAA